GGAUUACGUUCGACGCGAAUUGGAUGCAGUGACGUCAUUGGGAGGCAGCUCCACGAAUGUCAGGAGGCAGCAUCAGUUGGAUAUGGCUCGUGUACUGAAGCCACAACUGCUGCCCUCUGAGCCGGCCCUUAUCUCUUCAUGGCAACAACGAGUGACAGCGGGCUAGUGGACACAGAUCCAGGUCGAGUUAGCAGCAUGACAGCCAUUAACUCGGGUCCGGUCGGAGAGGUGGGCGGCGUGAGGCUGCCACUGCAGUCAUUACAUGGAUACGGAUCUGUGUUCAUGUACUCGGCGUCGACGAGUCCCGGGGGUGGAGGAGGUCAGGGUAGCGGAGGCGGGGGUGAAGUCACCCUCCGCCUCCGCGAACCUGAGGACAUUCCCGAAGAGGUCCUCGCCCGCCUCGAGGACACCGCCACCCUCUCCAUAUCUCUUCAAAGCGAUGCAGUCCUGAGGCUAGGGGCGGCUGGCGCAGGAAAUGGAAACUUGGAGUUGUUCGAUAGUGAGAGCGGGCCGGACCUCACGCUAUCACCUCAAACCUUCACGUCAACGGCGGAGGCCUUUAUCAAUGACAAUAGCGACAGUCUCGGAGUUCCAGGAGACAACGACACCGGUAGCAGCGAGGAAUCGAGGGCCGGUGGCGGUGAUCCUGGGAAGCUGGGAGUGAAGAAAUCGAGACCGAAGGCCUCUUCGCCGAACAGGCAGGGACCACAGCAGUGUCAGGUCUGCGGGAAGGUGUUCAACAACGCAUCGGCGCUCACGAAGCACAAACUGACGCACAGCGACGAGAGGAAAUACGUGUGCACGAUGUGCGGCAAGGCGUUCAAACGGCAGGAUCACCUGAAUGGACACAUGUUGACACAUCGAAAUAAGAAGCCGUACGAGUGCAAGGCCGAAGGGUGUGGUAAAUCUUACUGUGACGCGAGAAGCUUGAGGAGGCAUACGGAGAAUCAUCAUGCCGGCAGCAAAAUCAACGAAAGCAUCAGUCCUAGCAGUCCCACGACCGGGCCUCACACGCCUAACACCCCCGGAAGCAAUCCUAGCACACCGAGCACACCUGGUGCAACCUCCACGACAAAUGGUCACGGGCACGCAGCUUUGAAGCAGCUUCUCGCCACCGAACCCGCGCAAACGCAACAGCAAAAGAGCGCCACGUCUCCCGGCGCGAGUAACGAUGGCCUCACGAAACAACAGCUGGAGCUCAUCCAGCAGAUUAUGCAGCAAACGCAACAACAGCAACAGCAGACUACCACGCAACAGCAACAACAACAGCAGCAGCAGCAGCAGCAACGGACUGCAACCCCGUCGGCAGCAGUAGCUGUACAAAUACAAAAGACACAAAAACCGUCCAUCAAAUCCACUGCGUCGCCCGGCAAUAUUUCCAACAAUUCCGUAAACGGAAAUGCGACCAGCAAUGCGAGAUCGAGUCCCAAGCCAAAGAUUUGGAAUCACUCGCAGCAACAACAGCAGCAGGCGCAGCAGCAAGCGCAGCAGCAGCAGCAGCAACAACAGCAGCAGCAGCAGCAACAACAACAACAGGUCGGCUCACCGGGAAACGGAAAUGUAGGAAAGGGCAGUCCGUCUCCCGGAAAUUCGUCUUCUCCCGGUACGGUCACCAGUUCCAACAAAUCUCAAACGGAACCGAAACCGGUGGAGUGUAAUCUGUGCCAUCGAAAAUUUAAAAACAUCCCGGCUCUUAAUGGCCAUAUGAGACUCCACGGUGGUUACUUCAAAAAGGACGCGGAGAACAAGAAGAGCGAGAAGAAAGAAGUCGUCGGACCGCCCUUGCAGACUGCGUCCGUCAGCGUGAGAGCGCUCAUCGAGGAGAAGAUCAUACAGAAGAGAACGACAGCAGUGGACGCGAAUGGCAAUCAGCAGCCACGUACAAAUGCUACUGUCUUCACCACGCAAGCCGACGCCGUCUCGCAAAUCGCCGUCAAGACGAACUUUGCGGUGCCGGCUCCGCCGCCUUUGGCGGCGGGGGAAAAGGUGCGUCGGUUUUCCGAUGGUGAACACUUCCGGCAACCCAAUAUCACCGUGGGUGGCCAUACGAUUAUGCAGAAGCAAUUGCAAGAAGCGAAAACCCAGGCUCAAGCGCAAGCGCUUGCCGACAUGAUCCUAAAGGGUGCGAAAGUGGCUGUGAAGAGAACAACUUCCGACCCGGGACAAAGAUUACACUUGACUUAUCAACAGCCCGUGCAAUCAGCGACGACCAACCAGCAACCGAACAAUCAGCAGCCGCAGGCACAACCUGCAGUAACGGAAAGCUUCACAAUGACAGGAUAUGCCGAGGAUGGAGGUUACUUCAGCCCAAGCUUGCAGGACGAGGUGUUUCAGCAGGUUACAACGGUUCCUGAUAGCGUACUUCUGCAGGCUACCCAGUUGGACUCGAUCGAGUUUCAGACCACGGCCAGUCUGCUGCAAGAACAAUCUACUACCGAACAGCUGCAGAAUAUCACACUGGGAGAUACGAGAUACGGAGUACCGAGCUCGCAGCACACGGUCAAUCCGGAUCUCCAAGCGCUGGUGAACUCGCCGUUACCCGACUCUCUGGCCGAAUUCAGUACUUACGCCGCACAGUACACGGAAAGUCCUCACACGUUGUCGACCCAGUCGCCUCUGCCGUCGCCUUUAACGCGACACGAUAGUCCGAGCUUCACAUAUCCGACGCCACCGGCUAGCCAAGAGGGCUUGCUCACCGGAAGCUUGCCAUUGCUGAGUCCCCAAGAGGAUCCGGAGAACGUACGACAUGUGUCGUCGCCGCUCUCGGCGGCGUUCUACACCAGCACGAUGUCAUCCGCUGCGGCCGUGGAGGAGGCGUUGAACGAAGUGCUGCCGGGUGAAUCCGAGGCAGAUGCGGACCUUUACGGGUCCGGUUCGCCAAAUCCGCACUCGCCACUGCCAAGCCCGUUAUCGGCGACGUCGGCGCCGUCGCCGUUGCCGCCGUCCUCCGUCUCGUCGCCGGGACCGGUCACUUUUACGAGCACAAGUUUUCCCGUGUCGCCACAUCACGCGCUGCAAAAUCAGAUGAUGCCGAACUCGGAAGACCCUCUACUCUCCUCGACCUCGAAGGACUUCGCCUCCGGUCGUAGACGAUUUGAAUUCCAAUCGUACAAGCUGAUCACAAGCCAGAAUCUAAUGGAUUUCGGAAACGGCAGCUUGGCUGGCAUUGUCGUUGACAACAACGGCGAGUUCAAACUGAUACAGACGGCGGGUUUGCAGAAGGCGAACGUGUUCGUGCAGGCGGGCUCUCUCAGUCCCGCGCUAACGUUCAAGAAAGAAAUCCGACUGGCGACACCGAAAAUCGAACCCGUGACCGUGAAUCUCGGCCUAAACGUUCAAACGACAAAUCAACAACAGUGCAACACGGGACAAUUUAAUCAGCAGCAAGUCGUCAACCCGGCCAAGUUUUUUGUUCAAACUAAUCACGCGACGAAAAACAAUAUCUUGAGACAUAAAACAACCAUUGGAAGUUUACCGAUACCCAUCGAACAGAUCAAGCAGGAGUUGAUGGACGAGGACAUAUUUCUCAGUCCUGGCAGUUUACCCGCCAGCAGCCCUGUGCGACAUUGUCGGAAGAGGCCACGCAUGGAUGGCGGCCAGUAUGCCAGCAGUUCGCAUUUUUAUCCAUCGCGAUUGCGUAAGGCCUGCGACCGCCAUUGGGACAGUAGUUACACACCACCACCGAUCUUAGACCCGUCUCGUCCCGGGCCGGGACUGUACGCGCGAUUGCAUCAGCACGAAAGAGACUCGGAUUUCAGCUCGGACGAUUCUCAAGGGAAUGACGGUCCUCCGCCAAGAAUCAACAUCGGCACAAGAUAUCAGGCCACGAUACCUCCGGUAGAUUACGACGGAGACAGAGAAAAAGACGGACCCGAAGCCGACCAUCUUUUAUGGGAUCCUGGCAUAAACAACGUGCUCACGAAUACCGAGCUGGAGAUGUACCUGCAGUUCGCGUGUUGUGCCGCGGUGCCGGGCGGUGGUAGGAACAAAGAAUACGCGCUUCAUCUGUUGCACAUGUGCAAAGGAAAUAUUCAUGAAGCGAUGGUGAAAUUGAUGAGACCAACGCCUACUCUACCAAUGGAGCAUCCUCUGCUCAGCUACGAGUGCCACGAGUCCGAUAGAUGGACGUCACACGAAAUGGACGCGUUCUAUCAAGGACUACUCAAGUACAAUAAGGACUUCUCUGCGAUUUCGCGGGAUGUCGGUGCCAAGACCGCAAAACAGUGUGUACAGUUUUACUAUCUUUGGAAGAGGCUUUGUCCUGACGAGUACAAGAGGCUACGUAUUUGUCAUGGAAAAGGGAAGAUCAAGAACGAGAUUAAAGAUAGUAAAGAUACCAAAGAGCUACGCGACGCGAUCGCAUCCGUAACGGAAAUGGACUUUAGUGACGACAAGUCAAUCCUUCAUCGUACACUGCUACAACAAUCACACGAAAGAGAAAAUUCGGCGACUCUGACUACUAGCGAAGGAGAGCUGAGGUUAUUUGCAUAUGACUGCACAGAUAGCUUUAGCGGAAGUGUAACAGUAACGAUGGCCGGAAGCACCCAAACGGCCCAAAUCGGCAAUACCGGCCACGCCACAGUCAACACCAACUCACAAACUCACACUAGUUCUGAGCAACAACUACCCGCGCCCACCCUACUUCACUACCCCUGCAAGAUUUGCGGGAAAGUUUUCAACAAAGUGAAAAGCAGAAGUGCGCACAUGAAAUCUCACAGGCCAAUCCCCUUGCCCGAUUCAACGGGUCAGGAAUCUAAGCGAUCCUCGCAACAAGCGUCAAAAGCGCAACAGCUGCAGCAACCAGUGCCGUCGCAGCAAAGCCAACAGCAGCAACAGCAACAACAACAACAACAACAACCGGACAAUGCUACGCCGCAAGCUCAAGACCAUCAACAACAACUGCCUGCGAGUAUCAAUGAUAACAACAACGCCAAAAAUACAGCACAUUUAUGCCAUAAUCCGACGAGGCCCCCAUAGAACAGGAUUCAAGUAAUUAAGCUUAAAUUACCUUAACGAAGGCUGUAAUGGUAUUGUAGGAAAGUAAUAUGGUCGCGCGUGUGGUAUUGACCAGGCUUUAAACGAUCGCAAUCGUCGCACAAUCGAAUCACAUUGCGGGAAUAUCUUUUACGAGACUUUUGCUCACAAUAGGGUGAGUAAACCUCUAAGAUAGUUUCGAAAAUGCGAAUAUCUCUUCUAUACAUAGGAAACUAAAAAGCGUGGUAAGUUUACCCAGUCAAAUGGACUAAUUGAAUUUAUGAGACUCAUAUGGAAUAUGUAUCAUGAUCGACCGUUCAGGAAGAAAAGAAAAAAACAUCUAUCGUUAAUGGAAACUAGGAAGCACGAGGAGUUGUAGAACUCGUAGAGUUUAAUGGCGCAGUGGUAUAAGAUAUUAAACUAUGCAAUCAUAAUUCGAGCUCUGUUCAACAAGGAGACAGGGUACUGAUCGUAUAAAUCACAUCUUCCUUAGCGUGGAAGACAAGAUGCCGGCAUCAGUGUAAGAAAAAAAAAACGGUCACUAUCAUUGAAAGAAGAAGCGAACGUAUAAAACUUUGCGUUUUGUUGAAGAUAGAGGGUACGCGAUCGUUUAACAUGGCCUAGAAAAAAUCAAACACAACUCGCUUUAUAGACAUGUGAAAACGUACUUUCGCCACAAUGAGUGCUAAAUCAACAAAACUGAAAGAGAUUGACGUGCAUCUACAAUAAGCGCUCCAACGAUUAAACGCGAUUUAAUGUACCUAUUUAUUAUGCACGUGAAAUGUUCCCAGAUUGUGCCACAAGACAUUACUGUUACCUGUUACCCUUCUGCAAUUUAAAAAAAAAUAUUUUAGAUUGUUUUCUUUUCCAAUUUCAACCGGGAUUAGUUUACAUGGAACUAUAUUUGGGAUUCUGACAGAAAGAAAAAUUUUUAAUUGAUUAAUUUUGUAAUUGCUUGAAAUUAUGGGAUAUUACUACUAUUUUAUUUGAAUAAAAAUUAUACAAUUAUGCUAAAAUUCAACAUUAAUAAUAUUUAAUUUGAAUAAAUAACCAUAAUAUAAUGAAAUAAACCGCAGUUUGUAAACGGAUCCCGGAUUGUAAUGUACAACUUGUUGCACGUUCGCUCUAGUUACAUUUAGUUUAAAUAUCAUUAGCAUAUCUAAAAUUUGAUGAAAAUAAGUGGGUCAUAUAUCAAGCGUAGAUUUGUUGAAACUCCUUAAUUUCUUUACCUCUGUUACUUAAUAGAUUAAUAGUAUACAAUUGAAUAAAAAUUUUAAUAUUUACAAUAUAUGAAUAUAAAUAUAUAUAUAAAUAUAAAUAUGUAUAAACACAAAUCGAUGUAAUUGAAAAGAACUCGUUUUAGUUUAGGUAAAUGAUUCUCUAGGAAGGACGUUGUUCAAGUUUUACUUCAGAGGCGUUUCCUGCGUAUCGCCGAUACUGAAUGUAAAAUAACGAUUAUACAUACGCCCAUACAUACAUAUUAUACAUACGCACACUCAACACACAGAUACAAAGAAUAGAGUACAUUUAUUAAAUAAUAUUCAAUUUCAAUGAUCAUUAAAAUAGCUAUAUGUACAUAAAAUGUGUACAUGUUUGUACAUAUAUGUCAGUGUCUGUAUGUAUAAUUAAAAUGAACUCUAUGCAAAGUAAGUAGGCUAGGUUUUAGGUUGUUUUAGGAGGGAUCUAUACAUAUAUAUGAAGAAAAAUAUAUAUACUUGGCUUCAUUUUCUACCUUACUAGAGACUACGUGGCGAGGCUCUUGUAAAAACAAUAACUGAUCGCAUGUUUCCACUCAAUCUGUAUGGAUUUUUAUUUUUUGUUCAAAAAUUGUUAUAAUGAUGUUCCUAUAUGUAAGGUGCCUUAAGCAAUCAAAAAAAUUUACUUUUCUCUGAUAUACCUCGAUGAUGCAUUGAACUAUUGAAAAUUCCCCGAUUAACAUUACAUUUAAUGUUUCUUUGAUUAGCAUUUCUUUGAUUAAAUUGACAUCUAUGAAACUAAGAAUAAAGAAAUAAAAAUGAACGAUUACAAACGUUGCAAAGUAUGUAUCUUUUUUAUGUCUUUUGCGAAAGUUAUUGUAUUUUUGAUUUUAUGAAUUUAUGUCUUCCGAUCUUUGAGCAGCACGCUUAGCUAUUCUACUUCCAAAGAGUUUAUCUUUUAUUGUGUUCAUGUAUUUAUAUAUAUAUAUAUAGGAACAUCCCUCUCACACAAUCAUUAAGUACAUUUAGAACAAAAACAGCGUGCAUUUUAUUACAACAAAUAAUAAAUGUACUAAAUUUUAUAAAGAUUAAAAUAUAUUUAUAUAUCAAGUUUCAUUUAUAUUGAAACUCUAAAUUGUUAUUCAAGAGAAUUGCCAAUCGUAGAUGCUCUGAUUCUAUCUUGAGAACAUUGUUAUUGUUAACAUUCUUCUUCUUAUUAACUUUUACCAUUGAAUGAAUCGCGCGCACACACACAAUGUACACUUUAACUUUUGAAACUUUUCUCAAGUAAACAUAAGUGACUGAGGACACUUAAAAAAUCUGCCAAGUCUUCAUAAAUAAAGAUGGCUCUAAAUCUUCCAUUUAUUUCCAAGUAAAAACUAUGAUUGUAAAUGAAAGUCUAAAUUGUCGGAAAUAAGGGAAAUACUUUCUCUUAAGACAUUAGAUAUUCAGAACUUUGUAUUUUAACAUUUAUUCUUUAGCUUUAUAUGUGUGUCUCAUUAAUCUUCUCCCCGAUUUACAAAAAUGUAAUGCAAACUAAACAUCAACAAUUCCGGCCACAACAUCUGCAUUAUCUAUUUAUUUACAGACAAGAGAUUAAUAUGAGGGGGUAUCGCCAAGGGCACUGACUUAAUAUUCACAUAAUAUUAUUCGAAAUUCAGAAUUAAUUCAUCAUUUGUACUAAAUUUACCAGCCUAUAUAAUAAAUAUACACAAUAUUAGAGGACAAUUUAUUAAUAUUUUUAUAGCAAUUAAAAUAAUGUUAUGUGCAUUUUUUUAUUUUUACAACUUUACUCGUGAUAUUUCUAAGAUUAAAUUCAGUAAAUGUUCAUGUGAUAAUUUUUAAGCCCAAUGGAAAUACUCCUUUGUAGCCAAACUAAAUGAUUCUGUAACGGCUGAGUAAUGGCCUCCAGUAUGGGGAGUAAAAGUGUAUUAUUAGAGAUCUAUAUACUAUACUAUAAGAUUCUAGAAUUUCGAAUCUUAAAGUUAGUUUAUUCAAGGAAUAAAAUUGUUAUGAAUUCCGACCACAGGCUCGGUGCAUAGGUCGAACACAACAAAAUUAGCAGACAUAUCAUUUAAGACAAUACACUUGUUACGGAAACUAAGUUUCUACUAAUAUAAUUAUUAUUGUAUGUAAUCUAACUCUUAAUCAGACUUAGAGCUUCAAGGAGAAGGUCAUAGGUAGUAAUAAAACAAAGAGAUAAUAUGUAUUGGCUGACCAAAUCCAGAAGAUAAUGUAUAAUUUAAACAGCAGUAAAUUUUUUCUACAGUCUCGUUAAAUAUAUUUUUUGUUUUAUAAAAAAUUUAAAGUAAAUACAAAUUUACACACCACAAAUUUUGUGGAAUAAGAACUGGUUAAGAUUUUUUUAAUUUAAUCAAUUUUUUUAUGUUAAGACAAACUAUAUUCUGGAUUUAGAACAGUAGCAAUACUAAACACAGUACUGGAGGCUACUUACUCAGAAUGUGGGAAAGGCAUGAAACGAAGCAAUGAAACAGUAACGAAGAUGCAUGAAUUGUACAAACGAGUCCCUCCACGUCACAGAAAAAAAUGAUAUAUCUAUAUGAAGAAUAUAUAUAUAUAACAAAAUGAUAACUAUGUGAUGUAUUUAAAUGAUAUGUGGUAUAUGGUAUUACAUAUUUGUACAUAGGCGGACCCGUGCCAUCAACUAGUGAGUUGUACCGAUAUUGUACUGCCAUAAAUCGAAUAGCGAUGACAUCGAGUGAAUGGAUCUAAACUAAUCAUCGACAAAUCUAUAUAAUAUCAUUUUUGUUUUUUGUGCUCUCGUACGUGUAUGUGAUUAGACGAUUAACUUGAAGUUACCAACUAACACUUAACUUAAUGGCUGUGCAAAUGGAGCAUUUUGCACUCAUCGACAAUUAUUAAACAAAGAAUUAUGUUGUUUCAUAUUUUACAUUUUAUUGUAUGAGCAGUUAAUUCAUAUCGAAAAUUACCGUUCUGUUAUUAUUAUAUUACUCCUGUUUAAGUUGAUGUCACAACACGUUUAGAUAUGUGCUGACGUCACAUGUUUAAUUCGUUAAAAAUAUUUAUUUACGUUUAUUUUCGAAAUCUCAUAACAAGCUGACAAAAGACAUUAAUCGUGAUUAAUUAUUUCGUGUUUAUUUCUAUUAUAGACGACUACCCUUUACUGUGUAUUACUGUACUAAUAUAUUGAUCCUGUAUUGAUGAUUAAAACGUUUACUGGUUCCCGCAUUCGCAGUUGUAAAUCAUAUUGCAAAUUCACACAUGCAUUAAAUAAUUGAAAUUACUAUUGGAGGGAAGAAAAAGCACAUAAUAAUCGAGCAAUAUGUACAAAAAAAAAAGUUAAUCUUUUUUCGGCAACAAAUACUUAUAGAUGUAUCAUCGUUUCCUAGCAUAUAGUUGCAGAAUUGUUAGUGAUGUUUUGAUAUAUUAAGUUAUUUUCAUUAUUAUCGAUAAUUUAUUUUUAUUUGGAUAAUUACUGUUAUAUAAUAACUAUUGUACUACUUCUCUUAUUUAAGUAAAUUUUGCGCAAUAUAUUUCCUACAGAAUGUUCAAUGCACGCCAUGGCUCGUACGUUGACAAAGUUCUUGAUAAUCGUUAAAUAAUUUAGUACUGAUGGAGUUUAAUAAGUUGUGGAAUAUAUUGGUACAACUCGAUGAAGAAAGUGUAGCGUGGUUAUACACCUGAGGAAUGUGCUCAAAAUAUUGUAUUAAAGAGAAAAAAAGUCUAAAUGAUCAUCAACGUUUAUGCAAAAUUACUCUUAAUAAGUGAAAAAAGUUAUUAUGGAUUAUUAAUAUCGUAAUCUAUCGUCCUCUUACCUAUUACCUACUUUAAUGUCUAUCUCUAUACACCAGCAUGGUUCUUUAUACUCUUCUAUUUGAUGUUAUACUAUUCUCUAUUAACUUUUACUACAGAAUGUAUUGUUAAUAGUGUUUUUAAUGUACUAGAACAUGGUCAGCUGUAGAGGAGCCACGCAAGUGUCACAUCGAGAUUUAUACGAGAACAGAUAUUAUAAUUAAAAAAAUAAUGGCAUGCGUUUACAUCGUAAAGUAACACGAGUUCUGAUACAAUUAUGUAAACUUACGACUUUAUAUUUUCUGUAUUACAUUAAAUACGUAAUGUUUAAUCUUUACAUAAAUUCUCUACUUGUAUCUAAGACUUAUUUCUAUUAUUAUACUCAAGCAUAUAAUUUAAUUAUCAGAUUAUAGCCUAGUUUAUAUACGAAUUAAAGUACAGGACAAGUAAAAGAUUUAUCUAAAAUAAAAAGUACACGUUCACGCAAUACAUUUCCCUUACUCGUAUAAAUUAUCGCAAUAAUUUUAAUAGAAUGAAAGAGAAUCACGUACUCAGUAGCAAUAUAUUCAAGUGGCGCGUUUGUACUAUCGUUGUUUUCCCAUCUCUCUCUGCUCAACUAGAUAUUACCUAUAAAUAUUUACCUAUACACUUAGAAUCCACAUUAUCUUAGCUAUUUGAAAUCUAAUCACUUAAUCAGAUUCUUGUCUUGCUCAAAGAGACGCGGGCUCGGACGAAGCAACACAUAAUUAUCUCUCGUAUCCGGACUGUGUAAUGAAAUCGCUCAAAAGUUGGUGCCAUAAGCAAUAUGGACAAUAUAUUAUUAAAUGUGUUAUAGUUACGCGUGGAAUAACUACAGCUGGCCGGCUAAGUUCUGCUUUAAAAAAGCUCGAUAAUAAAAUGCGUUGUGGUUCUCUUCUGCGAGUGAUCACGAGAGUUUUCAGUAUCGACUGCUUUCGGUUUUAGCGAUGCUUUUUCGUAUAAAAUUAUAUUUGUAAAAUAUAUCGAAAUUGUUUGCGCACAAUGAAGUUACCUUUAAUUUAGAUAUAACUGAUUUUAUGCGAUUGAUUACAUUGCGUAUUCGUAAGACUUUAUUUGGUCAAAAUUUUUCAAAGAAAUUUUUCACUGCAAAUGCUCUCGCAAUUGACUCUUGACGGAGAACUGCAAUGCGUUGUUUACAUAAAUUAAGCACAGUUCAGUCAAUUUCAAGUGCGAUGUGGUAUCGAGUUGCCGACAAAAGCCUAAUUUAAUCUGGAGCCUAUCAAAGUGAUAUCACUUAACGAAGCAAGAGAGAGAAAAAGACAGACCGUUAACGAAGAGGAAAGAAAAUCCCAAAGGAGGCCUCCAGAACCCCGACCCCCUCUCCCUCCUUUCAUGAAGAAGCAACUCCGCCACAUUAGUUUUCGUCGAUGAAGAAACAGCACAAACGACACGGCGAAUUAUCUGCGAAUGCGAGGAAUUCGAGAAUUCUCUCUUGCGUAAGCCUGCGAACGUAGAAACAUUUUAAUGAAAUCGCACAGAGAAUUUAUGUAACGGUAUCUCUCCGUCAAUAACUUUUAUUGUCACGAAUUCAACGAUCUGUACAAUCGAUGACUUCUCCGAUCUACCGAUUCGUUAGUCCAAUAGAUUCCUAAAUUCCGUGAGCUCGAGCUUUAAUAAGUGUUAAUUUCUUCGAUGAGCGACAUAGCUUCAGUGUAUUUGAGACAUAAAAAUAUCACUUUUGAAAGCGAACGAAUUCCAUAAAGGUACUAUUCAAUUAUUUUGUGAGAUGAUUGCGCGACGUAGAAUUUUCGAUUUCUCUUUGUCCAGGUAGAAGCUGCGUUCGCGAGUAGUCUAGUGAGGCGUUAAAAGGAGGUGGGAGAUAUAAGCGGGAAAUGGACUCGAGUCAUCGGGAAGUCCGAUUAUAGAAACUAACUGCAAAUCGAACGGCUUAGCCAGGUCAACGAGCGUUUGCGCAUCAGUAUUAUACGUUGAAGCGAUAUACUUAUAUACAUUAAACUAGUGAUUACAUUGCGCAUACAUAUAUAUAUAUACAUACCAUUUUAUUUAAUAUAUACAUAUAUAUUGAAUAUAUUGGAGAAGAAACGAUAUUAACUAUUAUACACAUACAUGCAUAUUAACUCAGAUGGUAGCGUACGUGCAUGUAUGUAUCGCUGCGUACAUACGUACACAUAUGCUCAAUAUAUAUUUAUAUAUAUAUACAAAACUGAGUAUGUGUGAUGUACAGAGAGUCAGAGAGGCCAAGUGGCCCAUACUUGCGUUAAAUGUCGAUGUUGUUCGUUAAAAAAAAGAGAGAGAAAAAAUACAGAAAUCCCACGGCUUCUUCUGAAUCGUGAGUGGCGGGACUUCGGUAUACAGAUUAAUGGCUACCACAAAGAGAAAGAAAAAGUAUAGCCACAAUACACAGUCGCAAUUGCAAAAAACGAAAAAAGAAAUGACAGAAGAGAAUGGCGGUUUAAUAACUCUAAUUUAUUGUGGGGGUACGCGCGAAUGAGAAAAAAGCGAAAUAGAAAAAUUAUCACACGAGAUGCAUCGGGAAGCAUUACUGACCGAUUUGCGCCAGUCAUUAUCGAUGAACAGCGUAAUCAAAGAGGAAACGAGAAUCAAAGGAAAUGACAAAAAUACGUUUCGCACAGAUCAAUGAUACAUGUUAAUAUAUAUAAUAUAUGUAGACGUAUAUAAGCUUUCGGCCGAUCGGAUCGCCACGGGUCGGCCUGUCCAGCGAUCCGUGUUAAAAAGAGAUUACAGAACGCAAGAGGAAAUACCGAAAAUCCUGCCUCACGACAGCAUGAGCAUUAAGUGUACCAUUAAACUCUACUACUAUGAUGGAAUAGGAAAGCAAAAAUGUUGCGUGAGUUAGUCCGCAUAUUUGCUCUGUGCGUGUGUAUGUGUGCAAAAGAGAAAUAGAGAGAAAGAACGAAAGGGAUAAGGCGAGAAGUUUUAAUACUGAAAUGUGUAAUUGAAUAAUCUAACCGUCGUUUAUAAAUGAAUAUAUAUUAAGACAAAUACUGAAUAUAUAUAAAGUAAAUAUAUAUUAUAUAUAUUAUUACUGCAUUGCAUAGAUAGUAUAUAUAUUAUAUGUACGACGACACAUACAUAUAUAUAUGACUAUUUUCUUCUAUGAAUAUUGCGUAUGUGAGAUGAGUGCUAUUUUCAUUGUACGUCGGAAGACGCACCGCGGAUCCGUAACGAGACGCGUGAUACAACACGAUCCACGUGAGAUCCUAGAUCGGAACCUUUCUAAGAUUCUUUCUCGCGAAAUCAAUUAAUUUGUCUAAUAAUCUAGUAUAAUGAAUGAUUAAGACUAUUUUAAUUAAUAUUUUAAUAGGAAAAUGUAUAGAAGGCAGUCCUUCGUAGAUUCACUACGUAACGCUGUACUUCAUUCAACUAUAACGUACGUCCUCAAAAGAACUCAUUGUCGCCUCAUACAUCUUCCGAAAGUUUGGAUCGAUUUGGCGAAUACGUUACACUAUCGCGAGAUCAUUGCUCUUCGAUAUCUUUAAUAUCUAUGUUGUCCCCCGCGGCGCGUCUUGCGCCAGCUAUCUCAACACCGAGCUAUACCAAAAAGCAAAUUAAUAACAAAAAAAGACAUGUAUGAUGUGUAAGCCAAGUGCCUUGUGUUCUGGUAACUAAUCGUUGACUUUUAACUACGAUAUUAGGGGAAGUGAAAACGAGAGCGAGAAAGAUGAAAAAGCGACGGAUGAAGAACCUGUCAAUAUCAGCUUACGCAAAUGUAAGCGUGUUUUUGGUGGGAGACGAGAAAGGAAUUUCUUUAUUUUUAAUCGAAAAUAGAGAAAAAGAAAAGAACAAGCGAUACUGAUUAUCCCAUCCGUUCGAUUUCCGCGAAGUACUCUGCGUUGCAAAUUCAGCGAAUCUAAUAAAAUUAAACAAAUUGUAUUUGGAAAAUGUUAAUUAUUUUGCAAUAUUUUGUGAAAAAAGGGAUUGAUUGCGUUGUAACUUACUUCAAUUUACACACAAAAUUCAAAUCUGUAACACGAUAUCGAUUUAAUCAUAUUAUCGUGUUCUUUUCUAAUUGCUAAUCAUUUGGGAAACAAAGUUAAUUUGUAAUUAAUUUCAUAUUUAUGGAAAGUACUGCCUUCUAGUAGAUUCUCGUUAUCAACUAUGAUCAACUAACAUGCUGAUAUUGUGCCAAAAGAAACUGACGAUAGCCAACACGCGUACCUGGUUCCGCAAGUUAAAUCUUCAAACAAAUGUUCGAUUCUACUAAUUAAGUUUUUCGCUUUCCUCACUGCCUAUGCCCGUCAGAUCUUGUACAAUACAAUUCUUCGAUUAAUAAAAUUAUCUCGAUGAUUUUGCAACGCAUUUGCGGGAUAUUAAAGUUACUGAAAUUAAAUUUCCACUUCCACCUUCCACAAAAAGCCCAGGCAAUAAUUUUAGAGAAACCAAUGUCUACCCCACCUUGUUUUCAUUAAGAAAUUGUAAAAAAAAAAUAUCUAAAUCCAUACAAUCUAGGAGGGGCACCUGCAAUCUCAUUUAGCUUUGAUAAUUUCCGUGAUGUUAAUAACGCGAUACUCAAUAAUAGUAAUCAGCAUACAUAUUAUCAACAUGUAACAAUUGUAUAAGUGCAAAUAAAUAUUACAAAUUUUUACUAACAAUUUGAUGAAAUUUUAAUAAAACAGAAAUAUUGGAGAAUAUGUUAAUUCCUAUAUGGAGAAUAUAUUAUAAUAAAUUUUGAAAUAAAAUAUCUUAGAGCGAUAAAAAUGGCCUUAAGAUAAAUCAAUGUCGAAGACAUUAAUCGCGCAUAUAUCCUUCCACUGAAAAUUUAAUCACGGAAAUGACAUAAGCGAGAUGAGAAUAUUUGGCGGUGUGUUACCGGGAUAUAAUAUGCGUGCGAAUUUAACAACGGGACAAGUAAGGAGUACCUAUUAUCCUAACAACGGUUGUUAGUAGAGAUACUUCUGCCGUAGUACAGCCAAGGCUCCUGUAUGGGGUCACUUUCAUUCGAAGUGGGCACUGUUUGGUGUUGUGAUAAGGGGCAAAGUGGUAGAGCAACAACAAAAAAAAGAUAUAGUCGCGAGUGUUACGUGCGAAUGGGACGAGACAGCCGAGCGAGAUCGAAUGCGUGUGCGUUUCUUUCCAGCGAUUCUACACUUAACUUAUCUCUCAAACUGUAAAACGCUAGCUAUGUCUACAAGGAAUUGAUGUAAAUAGUAGAUUUCGAUAGAUAGCAAAAGUGUCGUGGCCGAGGGAGCUUUGCAUCCAUGACGCACGAGGAAACCGUUUCGCAAACAUAUUUAUCGAUUGAUAACAAACUAAUUCGCAAGUGGUCGCAUUAUUGUGAUUUUAAGUUCCUUCAAUGACGUGCGAUUAUCGUUGCAGAUACCGGUAAUCGCGAAAUGUUUACAAGAGAAACGAUGUAAGCCCCAAAUUGCAAAAAAAUUACGAGAUAGAAAAGAAUUUCUCCCAGUCCGAGAUAGUUAUCUGAGGUAUUUUUACAAAAAAUUAGUUUCCCGUCAGAAAUAACGAGAUAAUAAUUAAUGCGUAUAGAAGCUCGUGCCAAAAGCUCAGUUUUAUAUGCAUGAAGGUGCUAAUACCGUCUCUUGUAAAUAAUAUGCAAAUUAAUAAUCAAAUAAUUGAUCGGCGAACACUGGUGAGAUUCUCGAUUGACGCCCUGCGGCAUUUCGCCUCAUGGAUGCAUUGAUGUGGAUGGAAAAGACCCUAAGCAGACAAUCCUCCGUUAAUUAGUCCUUUAAAUGCGAGUUGUGCCACUGAUCGCGGGUGUGAAUGCUUACGGAAAGUAUUAAUUUAUAAGAUGCAGGUGUAGAGAAGGCCCUGAACAUGUUAGAUUCCAUCAUAAAAUGAUGUUUUUUCGUCUAGAUAGAGUAUAACGUGGAACCUUUGUCGCACGGGCGAUAGUGGAUACGAGCGUAGAUGCAUAUCGUGCAUUAUGCAAUGCGACAAUCGCGUGUGUCAACCAGCGUAACGAAAAUCAAUGCAGUCUCACAAUCUCUCUCAGCAAACACUUCGAAGCGUAAUCGCGUUUUAAAUUUCUAUACGACCUAUAUGCAGCUACUCCUCUAUUCAUGAGCAUUGCGAGAUAUGUGGAAUUGUAUAAGAUUACAUAUAUGUAAUUUGUCUCAAUAGAUCAGCGCUGGUAUCCACGUCCGCUCGUUUGUGUUGCUCUUGUAUUGUUAACGAUUACUAUACCUUCUUCCUAAAUGAUCUCCUGUGCAAUCGGUGCUGUAACGAAGAUUCAGUUGUACGAGCGUUGAUUAACGUUCACAAAGAUGCUUUAUAUGUAUAACUUGCGCAAUUAUAUCGGGAAACACUGUUACGAGGCAUUUUUAACGUCGUUCGAUGAGGCGAGAUCGCGGCGAUUCGCAGAGCGGUGUGAGCCAAUUUGUCGCGAAGUCCUAACACACAAAGCGGCGCCAGUACUUUCCGAUUAAAUUGUCGCUAAUUAGUCGCAACCGCGAGUACAGCGAGUCUAAUUUUAUUGUAUGUUAAAUGUGACAACCCGUAAUUAUUGUUAUCGUUAUCACUGCGGUGGCUCCCAAACGUAUGACGACGUGUCUCGAUGUAUUGAGACCACUGUGACUAAAGCUGUGACGAUGAUUUUCACGGUAUCGAAUUUGCGUACUUAUUAUCCGCUCCCCUUGUAUCUCGCGAAGAUUUGGCGAUAAAUAAAUAAAGAUGUGUUUAAGAAAAUUACCAAAGCGAAAAUUACGAUCAAGGGAUACGCUUUCUCACGAACUCAACGAUGCUCAUCUCUUACUACUACACCAAACUAUCAAACUUUUGUUACAAUCAACAAUCAAACGGCACGUUGCCGAAAAAUAAAACUGUAUUAAGUCGGACAUUACGAACGAGUCGACAUCGCUUCAAGCGUCAUGCUCUCGCGUUUUAAAGUCUUACAGCUACGGAUUGAUAAAUCGUGAAGAAGAUCUACCUCCCUCGAUCGUAUACCGAUAAGAUCGUUCUCGCAGGAGCGUUCUCGACGAAAGCGAGAAAGACGCUCAACAAUAAUCAUUGUGCCAAAUUCAUCAAGUAAUCAAACUACUCAAUCAAAAAUUUCGAGGUAGCGAGAACCGGGUUAAAAAUCGUAAAUUUACUGCAGCAAAAAGAAUGUAAAGAAACGGAAGAAGAAGCGAAAAUCAAAUUGGUAUACGUUAUUCACAAAUCGAACGAGCCGAGUGACAAGAAAGAGUUAAUCUUAUUCUCCGCGAAAUGAAAAAUAUGAAAAACUAUCGUAGACCGUUUGCUCUCGAAUUGUUUAAUUAAAGAAUUCUUUGUGCUUCUGCGUAGCAAUUGCGCAAAGAGAUAUCUCAAGUUCAAGUUGAAUAUGCGAGGAGAAUGGAAGAUAAAUCUCCUUUGUGUUUACUCGUUUCACUUGCUCGACAUCGUUCGUUCACCCGGCUCGCCGAGAACCUUUCGCGAACUUUCUCGCUCCUCAGCCACCGACCCUUUCUAAGAUUUAAAUACUUUUUAAGCGAGAAGAGAGGAUAGAGAGGCGCCUCGUGGCCCGCAGCGGCGAACGUGUAGUAUGCAAUAAUAACAUGUAUAAAGAGCAUGGAUUUUAUAUGUGUCGUACUCGUACAUGGGAGAAAAGCACCCUCACCUCCCCGAUCCUUCUCACUUCUGAUAUUGAUCAAUUGAACAACCCGUUACGAGCUAAUAUCGUGCUUGUGACAUACAACUACCCUCGAGAGUCGCUCUUACGAUUUAUUGAAAUCAUUCUUGACAAUUAAAAGGAUGAGGAAUCGAUCUCUUGAGAAUAUUCAGAACAAUCCUAUUAAAAAUGCAUACUGUGUAUUCACUCUAAAUCUGAUGAAUGUAUCUUCACAUAAAAUGUUGUUUGUUAAUGGUAUAACAUAACGUUACAUUAUCUCUGUUACAAAAUUAAAUUAAAUUCGGCGAUGAACUCUCGAGGUGGUUUCACGAGGAGGAAGCGCGUCGAACUUUUUCCAUUCGCGCGUUUCCGCACAUCAAGUGCUGUUAACGAUGAUCAACGGGUGUCGCACGACAUGUGUCGCAUUGAAAUACAAGAAAUCACGGGCUCCGAAUGAAGAACGGAUCUAUCAGAGAAUUUAACGUCUCGCUCGCGUGUGUCCGCGACGGCGAUGUCUCGCUAGGAUUCUUCGUGUAUCUUUAAGUAGCUCAUUAAGUGGAAGCAGUAUUAAGAAUCAUUAGCAGUGGUGAAGAGCCAUAGGUCCGUGUUCUCACGCUUAUUUAGCGCAUUUAAUGCCAAACGUAGCUGCCCGGCUACGAGCUCUAUUUCUGUACAGAGAUCGUGACUACGUGACGAGAAAUGGAUACGUGCAUUUAGCGCCAAAAAUGCGCGACAACGAUACGAUAUACACUAUAAAAUACGUGCCAUUAAUCGUGAAACACAUGAGCGAUCGCGGAACUCGACGAGAUGUCGAAGAGCAUUGUUAAAAACGUCAAUAGCUUCGAAAGGGGCUACGGGCUGAUUUUACCGUGAGAACAAUUAAUUUUAAUCUGUAUUAAUCUCUCUUUAAUGUGCUCUGUGUCUUUCGCUUUUUCAGAAAUAAAAAGAGGUAUUAUCAAUCUACGAUUAAAACUAAUUGGCGGUAAAGCCAGCCAUAAAGUACCCCUUGCGUUCAAGAUCUGCGGACGAGAUCCGAACAUAAACAGAUUCAAUCUGAUUGCAUCCGCUCGAUGGGCUGGACGGAUUUUUACUUAAAGACAAACGCUAAUUAUUCCCCCUUGACUCUCUGGUCGUCAUCCUUCCGCCGUAUAAGAUAUACAUAAUAUAAAUGUGUAUAUAUUUAUUAUUGUCAAAGGUGUCCGCGCAUAUUUUUAUGUAUGUCAAGAAUGAAGUCUCGCAAUCUGUACAGGUCGAUCGAUGUGUCGCUAUCGAUGUCCUUUUGUAUAUAAAACUGUGAAAGAGAGUACCGUCUUGUCCUUCUCUGUCAACUAUAAGCGCGUACGUCCAGCCCUACAGCAGAAAGAGAGAAGAGCUUCCUAAAUAUUACUUAAUUCUUGUAUUAUUUGCUUUCCUUCCUACGCGUCUAUUUUCACGCACGUCGUCCUUUGAAAUGCGAAAAGUGAUACAGGUGGAAAACACCGUCAAAGGGUUAAUAUCGCGUUGUACAAGUGAGUGGGAGAACAGGAGAGAAAGGGGAGAGCGAGAGAAAUCGAAAAACCAACAUGAAGGAAACGGAGGAGGAGGGCGAGAUACGGACGUUUGACAUAUCAAAAUGAGUCUUCUUGAUAACCACAUAGCAAUACCUCUCCGCUCAAUAAUAGAAACA